GGUCAUGAGAGGCUAGUUAACGACUGUUCGCCGCGCUCAUAUCACGUUCGCCAAAAGUUCUGUUUUCUGGCGUAAUAUUACGCGAUAUAUUACGCGCGGACGCCGCGGGAGCGACACGACGGCCAGCCGGUAUUUCGAAAGAUGGGAGCUUAUCUGUCGGAGCCGAUUACGAAGAAGGAGUCAAGCGACGAAGCGGGAAAAAAUGUUGCGUACGGCGCGAGCUCGAUGCAGGGCUGGCGAAUCAGUCAGGAGGAUGCGCACAAUUGUUGCAUAGAUUUUGAUGACAAUUGUUCACUGUUUGCUGUAUACGAUGGUCAUGGAGGACACGAGGUAGCGACAUAUUGUGCACGUUAUCUUCCUGACUUUAUCAAAGAGACGGAAGCUUACAAAAGAGAUGACAUCAGGCAAGCUCUAAAAGAUGCUUUCUUGGGUUUUGAUGCUACUCUCACAAAACCAGAGGUAGUCAAAAUUCUUCAUGAACUUGCGGAAACGUCAACGACGGAGAAGAAAGAAGGUGACAACGAAUCUGAUGAAGAAGAGAAUGUUAGUAAUCUGUGUAUGGAGGCGACAAUGCCGUUGGAGCAAGUAAUGGCAAAGUAUAAGUCAGAGAUGUUGAAUACUCAUAUAAAAAACUUGAAAGGUGAAAAGUGCGGUAAACGCGCAUUUGCGAGUCCUUUCCUGCGAGGUCGAAGGGAACGAGAGAAAGCGACCUGUUCGUCCCUUGGAGCGGGAUGUUCGUCGUCACCAUCUCCACCACCUCCAUCGUCGUCCUCGUCGACUAUGACUGCCUGGAAUACAAACGAAACAGACGUUAGUAGUUCCAGUCAACCAUGUGGAUCGACUCUGUCUAGCACAGUGGAGCAAAAAGAGUCCGAAUGUCCAGGAAGCAACGAAGCCGAACAAGUGCUGGAUUCGACGACGAGCAAUGGUAAUGCUGCUCAUGUGUCACCACCAGUGGGAUCUACUGCGGAUGUAGAACCUGCCAAAUCUAUGGAUAUGCCCGACAGUUCGGAGGACGUGAAAGAGAAAGUUUCGAGUCCCGGCAAGACGCCGCCAUGCGCGGAGUCUAAUGCAAACGAAGUAGAAGUUAAUGGCGCGGAAUUGAAAAGGGUCGGAGAUGCGGACAGCAGUAAGGGCGGAGGAGACAAUGUAUCGAGCAGUUCCUGCACUCCCGUGGAAAAUGGAGAUGCAGAUCAACAAGAACGGAUAACUAGCAGUGGUCGAAGAAGAGUUCAACCUGUGGAUCUUUACCAAAGCUUACUGAAAAAGGACAGCGACGAUUCCGAAGAAGACGAGGACGAUGAUGAAAAUGACGAGACGUUCGAUGGUGUCCCUGAAAGUGAGGAGGAUGAUACGGAAGAUAUUGACGAGGACGAAACCGAUGAUGAUGAGGAAAUCGAGGAAGAAGAUAUAGAUGAUUCUGACGAGGAUCAUGACAUUAUGAUAAAUCUAGAAAAGCCUGGUUCAGAUAGUGGAUGUACGGCGGUGGUAGCGAUACUCAAAGGAAACGAGUUGUAUGUAGCCAAUGCUGGGGACUCUCGAUGUGUUUUAUGCAGAGACGGCCAGGCGGUCGAGCUUAGUUUGGAUCAUAAACCCGAAGACGCACCGGAAAUGGAACGUAUAGUAAAAGCAGGUGGAGAAGUAACGGGCGACGGCAGAGUGAAUGGCGGUCUCAAUCUUUCGAGAGCGCUCGGCGAUCACGCGUAUAAGCAAAAUAUGGUAUUACCAGCUGAGGAACAAAUGAUUUCCGCUUUGCCGGACGUAAGGCAUAUUACGAUUGAACCAGGAAGAGACGAGUUUAUGGUGCUCGCGUGCGAUGGCAUAUGGAACUUUAUGACCAGUCAAAACGUUGUCCAGUUUGUCCGCACCCGUUUAUCACAAAAUUACGAGAACAUCUCAAAAAUCUGCGAAGAGCUAUUUGAUCAUUGCCUUGCACCGGAUACUCUUGGUGACGGAACGGGUUGCGAUAAUAUGACUGCCGUAAUAAUUAAGUUUACAAUGCCGGCGACCGCAACUGUUAAAAGUAACACCGUUGCCGAGGUAUGCGUCAAGAAGCGAUCGAUAUCACCAACUGUUGAUGAAAAUAACGAGUGUAUCGCGGAAGAAAACACAGUAAACUCUUGUAAACGCGCCAAGACCGAGGCAGCUAUAUAAAUCAAGAGUCACCACGUGUCAUGAACUGAUCUCCGGAAGCAGACAAAUUAAUGUGAGUUAUUGUAAAAUUAUGUAACACUUUGUAUUACUAUGUAAAGUUGAAACGGUGGGUUAUGCAGUAAUAGGCACAUGAAAUAGUGCAAGGUGUGUUAAUGUGUUGAUUGCUGCUGACAGACUGCUCUAUUGGAGCACGUGGGAAUGAUAUAGUGUCGUUUUCUUAGUGGACACACAUAUAAGUUAUUUUUUGAUUACGAUAAAAUAAAUCAUUAUAAAGAGUGUUUCAGUUUUUCUCUCGAGAUUGUAUCUCACGCAUAUAUCUAUUUAAUACUACAUAAUAUUGUUCGAUAGCCUCUAAAUAUGAGAAAGGUUAUAUGCAUGCAGAAAGAUUUAAAGAUUCUUUUUUCUUUGAUUGAGCUUGUAAAAAUUUUCCCUCUAAAGGGGAAAAAAGAUUUGUAAAAUGUAACGCGAUUCCAUAUCUUUUUCAAGAUGCUCUGAUUGUAUGACGCGCAGUAAACAUUUUGACUGGUCAUAAAUUAUAUUCCAUAUUCUGAAUCUGAGAUCUGAUCUUGCAUUUUAUUGUUGACAAGUAAUUUAACACAUACGGGCUAAUAUUUUUAUUGUGUCGUGUAUAUAAAACGCUAAUAAUAGAAAACAUAAUCUUGAUAGAACUCACACAAAAGUCUCGUCCAUUUCUUCACAAGCAUUUACUGACAUAAAAAAUAUGAAAGAUAUAAUAUUCUUAAUACAUAAAAAAAAUAUAUAAUACAAUUAUUCUCUCUCUGGAAGUUUUAAGACUUGCUAUAAAUCUCUUGUAACACGUUAUUAUAUAAAUUGUAGUUGCUUUUAAUAUAAUUUCAUACAUAAUCCUUUCAUUUAUUAACUGAGAUCAUAUAUCUAUUAUCUGUUAUUAUUUCAUAUAAAUGAUGCAAUGAUACUGAUGAAAAUUUGCAUGUAGAAAGUAAUUAGAUUCCAUUUAAGUUUUUCUCUUUUUCUUUUCUAUUAUAUCUUAAUACAAUUUUUGUUACUGUAUACAUAUAAUCCAUUAUAUUCUUACUUUCUUUGUAUCCAAUAAGUAUAUAACACAUAUAAAAAAGGUAAUAAAAGGUAUUAUUUUUCAAAAUAUAUUCAAUACAUUUUAUUUUCAAUGGAGAAAUAAAAACACUUUAAAUAAGUUUAUUAUACAUUAAAUUAUUAAAAUAAUUAAAUAUAUUUGUAUCAUUGCAAUAUUUAUUUCAAACUGUAAAAUUUUUUUUGAUUAUUAUACAAUAAUAUCCUAUGUUUAUACAUUAACAAUACAUUUGAGUUCGAUCAUCAGAUCAUUACAUAUUUGUGUUUGAUAAUCAGAUAAAAAAAUUUUCCAUAUAUCAUCCCAUCUGCUCCAGCUGCACUUACAAAGUAUAUUCCUUAAGUUUUUAGGGGUUAGACAUACAUAGUAUAAAUGUAUAUAUUUAUAAAUGUAGACUAUAUAAAACUUCUAUUUGUAAGUCAAUACAUUAUCUCUUUAUUUUUACGAAAUAGAAUUUAUUUUUGAAUCCUUGGGUAUAUAGUGGUUGAAUGGAUGGGUGUGCGAAUAGCCUUAAGAUGUUUAAACUUAACUAUAUUAUAUAAUUAAGGCAAUUGCGUAUAACGCGUUACCAAUUUGUGAUCUUGUAUUAAUGAUAAUGUUAAAGAAAUACAAAAAAGAUGUACUCGCGUUAAACUACGUCAAGUGCUGUGUAUUUUAGAACGAUCUAAAUUCGGAAUUUCGCAUAUGUCAAAAGUGUGUUUUUUGUAAAUUUAUACAGCAUUGUAUAGAUGUAUUGUAGAGCUUUCAGAAAACGAUAAGAGCGUUUGUAUUGUGCAAAGGAUUGCAAUUGCAGAGCUGAAAGUGGUAAUUUGACAAACGCAUUAUAGUUGUGGGGUAUAAAAAAAAUUAUGAUAAAUUUAAAAUAUGAUUACCACGAUAUUUGUAGUACUUUGAUAAAUGCAAAGUACCCGUAGCAUCGUCAUAGCUGCAAAAUUCUUUCUGAUAAAAGUGAAAUGUUUGUAGUAUUAUAAUAAGUGCAAAAUACUUGUAGUAUUCUGACACAAAAUAGAAGGCAGAACAUAUUAUGUCUGGGAGCAAAUAUAUCUCUCUUGUAUAGCUAUUGAAAAUAAUGGGGGAUUCGAUAAUUUAUUGAAAAGAAAGUCAAUACAUUACUUUCAACAAUAAUUAGAUGAGAAUUGCGAAUUUUUGCUCUUAGAUAUACUUAAAUAUGCCUACAUCACGCUCCUCCAUCCAAUAUUUACCCAUGAAUACGAAUAGAUUGAUGAAGCGCAUGUUAAGCACGGACACAGUGUCUUUGUAAAACUCUUGUCUAAGAAAAUUACGAUUUUAUUCAAAUUAAAAGCUAAAUUAUUUGACAUGCGCGUUUGUUGCAACACUCGUCGCAUGCUUUCAAAUUUUAUUGAAGCUUGCAUUACACGAUUAAUAUACAUUAACCGUAAAUAGGCAAUAUUAUUUGAACAAAUUAAAAAUCUAUCGUCAUUAGUAUCUUAUUUUUUGUUUUUACAUACUAAGAUUUUCACGUUGUAUAGAGGUUCAUGAUUCGAUCGCAGAAAGAGACAUUUCUGUGUUUCCACAUUGUAGAAAUUCAUAUAAAAUUACAUUAAAAUUCUAUGAGAUGAAUAUAGAAGAUAGAAAUGUGAAAAUAGUGAGUCGGCCCAGUGACAUCUUUGCGAUAUCUGACAUUUUCCACCAAUAUAUAUUCUUCUGUCGAUGCUCAUGUGUAAUCGCGAUUGUUAGUGUAGACAGUAAUUUUAUCGAAGAAAUAUUAUUUAUAGUUAAAUGCAGAAGCAAUCACGAUACUCUCAUGUAAACACCGUUUGCAAGGUGAUCAGUAGCGUAUCGAUAUUAGACGUGCGGUACUUCUAGUGUCAUCCAGAAAGAACUGAUGUGCCUUUCCAAUUCAGGGGUUGACAACCUCCGCAACAUAUGUAUGUACAUUCGAUUCCGUCUCAAGAAGAAAGGUUUGCACCCCAAAUACUGUCUUUAACUGCAAACUCCAUCAUAUAUACACACUUAUGUAUAAUAAUACCUUGUUUCAUAAUACAUGUCACACUCGAA